AAUAGGGAAUGAAAAUUUCUUCUGAGGUCUCAGUCGUGUAUUGUUCUCGCACGAGGAAACGUUUCAAUUAUUCAAGAAGUUUAAAAAAUAAAAAAAGAACACGAAAGGGGUUGUGACGUGCGUGGUGAAUUUAAUUUGCAUGAACCAUCAUUCAUUCAGCUCAUUGGCUUCAAUCACUUUAAAUUAAUUCAAAAAGAAAAAGAAGAAAAAUCAAGAAAAUUUCGAAAACAUAAUUUUGACCCUAAUUUGGAAAUUAAAAAAUAAUUAGAAUCUUAAUGCAUUGAUUACUAAUUUAAAUUAAAGUUACAAAGAUGACAUUAGGGGAGAAGCCUAAAAACGGAUUGCACUUAUCUGAUGUGUCAACAUUGAAUCAUGCUGCUUUUGACGACAUAAUUAAUCAGAAAAAAUUAUUAACAUCAUCAAAAAUCGCUUCAACAGCAAACACUAAAAGAAUGAAAAUGAAUUGCUUUGAUGUGCCAACGCGCCUUGUUCUCUAUUUCUUGUCAUGGAGUGGAUUCUUGGUGUCGUUUAUGAUGCGCAAUGACAUCAAUUUUGCACUUGUUGUGAUGGUGAAGACGAAAAAUUCUACGCAAACUUUACUUAAUGGCAAUUCAUCUGAAAAUCUCGCUGAUCAACUUUCAACACCACAUGACCCAACAGUGAUGACAGGCGAUGAGUUGGCUGAAUUUGAUUGGGAUUCAACUGUGACGAGUAUGAUUCUGGGAAGUUUUUACUGGAUGUAUGUGUUAAGUCAGGUGGUUGGUGGUGUUGCAACGCAAUAUUUUGGGACCAAAGCAGUCUUCGGAUGGUCACAAUUAGCGACAGCAAUCGGCUCUCUUUGCAUUCCCUUUGCCGCUUCAACACAUUGGCUGCUGUUGAUUUUUGUGAGAUCAAUUCAAGGCUUUGCAAGUGGACUAACAUGGCCAGCAAUGUAUGCGAUUGUCGGUCCAUGGAUUCCUCCAGUUGAAAGAAGUCGCUUCAUGUCAAGUUUUCAAGGUUUUUCCAUUGGAAUUGGACUCACAUAUCCACUUUGCGGCUUCAUCAUCGCACAUUUCGGAUGGCGGCCUGUGUUCUAUACGACGGGAAUAAUUGGCGUUCUAUGGUGCAUCAUGUGGUACUUUCUCGCUUUCAACACACCUUCAGAACACCCCAGAAUAUCUCCACAAGAGCUUGAAUACAUUGAAAUGAAUGUGUCAGCAGAGAUAAAAGAACAUCAAGGUAUGAAAGUUCCAUGGCGCGCAAUAUUUACAAGUCUUCCAGCAUGGUCGAUUGGCAUCACAACUUUCGGUCGUAUCUGGGUGCAUUACACGUUCAUUAUGCAGGGACCAGCUUAUAUGAAGAAUAUCAUGAACUUUGACAUUCAAUCGAACGGCGUGAUGUCUGGUUUACCAUUUUUAUGCUCAUAUCUGUCAUCCGUUGUCUUCUGUUAUGUUGCUGAUGUUCUCGUCAAACAUAAAAUUCUUAAUCUCACGAAUGUUCGUAAGUUGAUGACAGCAUCAUCUCAAAUCAUUCCGGGACUUCUUGUCGUGUUGGUUGGAUAUUUGGGAAAGGAAAUUGUUAGUGUUCUCAUCAUUUGGAGUAUAGCUGUGACAAUGAUAACAGCAAGUUAUGCUGGAGCAAUGGCCAACAUUGUUGAUCUUGCACCGAAUCUCGCGGGACCUGUCUUAGCAUUUGCACAAACGAUUCACAUGUCCGCUUCAUUCUUAUCGCCGAUGGUCAAUGGAAUUAUAUUAACUGAUCAAAAAAAUCUUAUUCAAUGGCAACAUUGCUUCUUACUUUCGUCUGUUAUCGCGAUCGUUACUUACAUCAUGUUUCAAAUUUAUGGAACAGCAGAUGUUCAGCCAUGGAAUUACCCAACAUCAUCUCGAAAUGAUGCCGAAAGAGAACAACUCGCAAAUAAUGAAAUUGCAAAUACAAAUAAAAGAACUCAUGACAAUGACGAUACUUAAAUUAACUAUUUAAGAUGAAAGAAAAAAUACAAAAAUUGAAUUUAAGUGACAAAGAUUUUCUUCACUUCGAUUGAAAAAUUCCAAUUGAAUCUAUUCCAAAAUAUUAAUUAUUAUGUUUGUUUGUUUUUUUAUACUUAUUUACUAUAAGCUUAUUAAGUUUAUUAUGUUCGAACCAGAUAUUCAAUAGAAAUAUUAUUAUCACUGAUCUCUGUCUGUUAAUUUCUGUUUCCCAUUAAAAACUUUCGUUCUCUAUCCGAUUAAAAACACAUCAUAAGUGAUUAGAAUUGCACAACAAGCUCAAUGUAGAAAUGAAAAUAGAAUGUUACCAACGAGAAACAAUUUUUCAAAAAAAAAGUCACGUUAUAACGUGACAAUGAUUACUUAUAUAUAGCUGCAUACUUAUUUUAAUUGCGAAAGCAAUUGUUGACAACAUGAGAAGACUUUAUCAAAAGAAAAAUUAUAAAUGUAAUAAAACAAAAAUAGUGAUUUGUUCCUGAAGAUAAUUCCUAAUCGUAAUUAUAAUAAUUAUAAUAAUAUUAAUUACUAGCUAUCACAGCCAUUGGCUAGAAAUGAUAAUAUCCUACCUUAGAAUGUAAUUUCUUUCAACUAAGUAUCUCGUUAAGUGGCCUUUACUUAGGAAAACAAAGCAGAACAUAUAUCUACUUAAUUCAGUCAGAUAUCGAAUCUACAGAAACAUGUAAAUUCUUAUUUUUAGAGGAAUUUAAAGAUUUAAAGUUUCGGUUUCUAUUUUUAUUUGCAUGAAAAAGUUUCAAAGCCAAUCACGAAAAUAAAAAUUUCAUUCAACUUA